AUGGUUCCACGGCCAGUUGGCCAUUGUUUGUAUGGCGUACUAGGCGUCUCAAAAACUGCUGAUGAAACAGAAAUUAAAAAAGCGUACGUUUUAAAAAUUGAAUCUGUACUUUAUGACACCCCUCUGUAAUUAUUGAGCAAACGGGAGAAUAAAACAGUUAAACGUUUUAAGCAGAGUUCCCAAAUUUCAAAUUUCCAGCUUCGGCUCCAGCUCCAGCUCCGGCUCCGUUUUUUUUUAAAUUUUAGCUCCGGCUCCGGAGCCCGUGGGAACUCUGGUUUUAACACAAAAAGUAACACACAUUUGUAUGAGCCGAAUCACCGUAUGCACAAAAAACAUUUUUUCUUCUUGAACUUUAACGUUUGUCCUUGGAUGUGGUGUUAAUUAUCUUUCACUUAAGGAGAUGUACACAUCUUAUUAGAAUAAGUUUUAGAUACUACAAAUUGGCUUUAAAAUGGCAUCCAGACAAACAUCCAGAGGAAGAUCGUGAAGUUGCGGAAAAGAAGUUUAAACAAAUUGCUCAAGCUUACGAAAUACUGUCAGAUGGUAAGUUUUAACCAGCUUUAUCACUGUUGUUAAUUUUUAUAAGUGUUACCGGAAUCGCAUUUUCAAUCGUUUUUUGUUGUUGUGUAGACCGGGUGUGCUUUUAAAAAGUUGUCUAUUUUUUAGAAAGUCAUCGUUUGGAAUACGAUCGUGGGGAUCUGCAACGGAACAGACCACAUCACAGAAGACGCUCGGCAAGCCAGACACCAAGUUAUGCUACACGAUCGCCUUUUGAUGUGUUCCGAGAGUUUUUUGGUGGCAGAUUUAAUGACCCCAUGUUUAGACCCUUUAUGCAAUUCGACAUGAAUUAUCCUUUUACGAAUAGAGGUACAUUUUAAAAAAUUUGUUACGUUUUAGGAAGUAAUAUAUAGUGGAACUCCUGUAUAACGAAUUGCUUGGGGAUUCAAAAAUUUUUCAUCAUGAAGGAGUUUUGGUAUAGAGGUUUUAAAUUCACUGUGUAUUGGUCUCCGGGGAUUUAAGAGAUGUUUGUUAUACGGAAAUUUUGUUAUAGAGGAGUACUUUUUAAAGGAGUCCCACUGUGUUGUAAAAUUGUGCAUUUUUAGGAGGACGGCCUUACCCUAAAAACAUUUUCAACUGUCACGCUAAGUCCUUCGACGGCGCUUUUAAUAAGGAAAAAGAUGAAAACGACUGGUAGGUCUGGUGCUAUAAUGUUAAGUUGUCUCAUAAUAUUUAUAUGAAGGAAGUUUACAAGCUUCCUUUUUAAUAAUAGGUGUUAGGCGGAUUUCAUGUUUACGUUGAGAUUGCGUGUCAAUUUAAAAAAAUGAAGAAUUAGUAAAUUAGGAUAAUAAAGUUUUACAGUGAAUUUUCAUCAGUUAUUCGAUUCAGUGCAAGUGACUUACCAGGAAAAGGAAUGAAGAAAACGACAACUAGCGUUCGUGUUGUAGACGGAAAGAAAAUUGUUACUACAAAGUAAGGUUUUAAAACUUAAUAUAACUAAAACGUCUUAAAUAAAUAAUAAUUUAUAAAAGAAUUUGUUUGAAGGACAGAAGACAAUGGCAAGGAAACCGUAGAAGUUUCCGAAGACGGAAUCGUUAAGUCCAGAAUUGUUAAUGGCAGUCCGGUAGAAGUGGCUGCUUAA